AUGUUUCAUUCAUGAUUUCUUGAUUUAUUUAUUGUCCUUCUUCUACCCCCACACCCACCCCAGCCCCUACUUCCUCCUAAUUCCAAGUUUUUUUUUCUUCUGAUCUUAUUCUGGCUCCAAACCUGAGUUUUACUGUGAUUUCAUUUCCUUCUGUUGAUAUUUCUGAAACAGCCAUAAAUUCCAUUGAAUGAUCUUGUGACAUGUAAAGGGUUUCACUGGCUAAGUGAAAAAAAUUGACCAUUUAAAUAUGGUGUAAAUAACAUCUAUUUUUUUUCAGCCUGAAGGUAAGGUCCAAAAAUAAGAAAAGCAGAAAUGGAGGUGAGAAAUAAUAAUGAAGUUGAAUAUUCUAAGAUGGAGGAUUAUGAAGUGAUAGAACAAAUUGGUAGAGGAGCUUUUGGAGCUGCAUUUCUUGUUCAUCACAAGUUUGAGAAAAGAAAGUAUGUAAUGAAGAAGAUCCGUUUGGCUAAACAGACAGAAAAGUUCAAGCGUACUGCCCAUCAAGAGAUGAAUUUGAUAGCCAAGCUAGAUAACCCUUAUAUUGUAGAAUACAAGGAUGCAUGGGUAGAGAUGGACUCCUUUGUCUGCAUUGUGACAAGUUACUGUGAAGGUGGAGACAUGACUGAAAUUAUUAGAAAAGCCAGAGGAACUUUUUUCCCUGAAGAGAGACUUUGCAAAUGGUUGACUCAGUUGUUGCUGGCUCUUGAUUACCUUCACUCCAAUCGUGUUCUUCACAGAGAUCUCAAAUGCUCUAACAUUUUCCUUACCAAAGACGAUGAAAUCAGACUUGGUGAUUUUGGAUUAGCCAAAUUGCUGAAUAAAGAUGAUCUUGCCUCUUCAAUUGUGGGAACUCCAACAUAUAUGUGCCCUGAGCUCCUAGCAGAUAUACCUUAUGGAUACAAAUCAGACAUAUGGUCUCUAGGUUGUUGUAUGUUUGAAAUUGCUGCUCAUAUGCCUGCAUUUCGAGCUCCGGAUAUGCCUGGACUGAUCAACAAAAUAAACAGAUCCACUGUCUCUCCACUUCCAACCAUAUAUUCCUCCACGUUGAAACGAUUGAUCAAAAGUAUGCUAAGAAAAAGCCCCGAACAUAGACCUACGGCUGCAGAGUUGUUGAGGCAUCCACAUUUACAACCAUACCUUGCCAAAUGCCGGAACUUGCCACCAGCAUUUGUAUCAGUAGUUUCUGACAAAGAAGCAAAACAUACUAAUGAGUCAACUUCCAAGCCUACGUUAAGAAAAGAUCAAAGGCUUCCGAAGGAAAUUAGACAAGCCAAAAAACAAGACAAGGUUGUUGCAGUUGAAAAAGUUCAUCAACUCAAAGGCGAAGCGCCUAAUACGUGUAAAAUCAAGAAAAAUAACCUUCAGAUCAAGAAAGUAGAAAAUUCGGAGAAUGAAAGACGCCAAAGCAUAUCCGUCAAGAAAAGUGGAAGUACUAAUUCAAGAAGCUCCACAAGAAGUACUUUGACUGAUCAACAUGAAGCUGAUACGAAAGAAUUCGUAGCUGAGGCUUAUAACAUAACUGAGGGAAAUGCGGGUACAGAUCAAGAAAAGCAUAAACCAACCGUUCAUAGGCCUAUAGAGAGCAAGAAAGAUGCAAAAUCUCAACCAGAAGAGCAAAAUAAACGCACAUUGAAGAAACCAGGAAUACCAAAACCAUAUAAUGAAGUUGCAGCAAAAGCCAUUGAUCAUCUAUGUACUAAUCGGGAUACAGAAAAACACGAUGGUCAUAAACGUGCAGCGAGUGAGACAUCAGUAAUGGCUACACUGAAUUUGUUACAAGGGAAGAACAAUGUGGGAAUUAGUAUGAGCAAUGAAAGGGCAGAAGCACUAGAGUCAUUACUUGAAUUUUGUGCAGAGUUACUUAAGCAUGAAAAGAUAGAAGAAUUAGCUGGUGUGCUAAAACCAUUUGGAGAAGAAGCUGUUUCUUCUAGAGAAACUGCAAUUUGGUUGUCAAAAGGAUUAAUGAAUCUUCAAAACCAAGCUGAGGAAGCUAAAAGUGCAUAGGUUUCUUGAAAAAAUUCUUGUAAAAUGUAAGCAUUUGAUUCUUGUUUUUGAAUUGAUCUUGAAUUAAUGCUUGUAGAUAAAAGCUUAAAAACAGAA